AUGCCUCUCGCUGCAAUUGGCCAAAUAUGCAGCACACCUUCUAUGACCAACAACCUCUCCCAAUGCCUCCAGCUCAUCCAAAAAGCCUCCUCCGCUGGUGCCUCCGUCCUCUUCCUCCCCGAAGCCUCCGACUACAUAGCCCCUAACGCCGCCUCUACCAUCUCCCUAUGCCAACCCGUUGAAACCUCUGAAUUCGUCCUGGGUCUGCGAAAAGAAGCCCGAAGUCACGCCCUCCCAAUCAACGUCGGGGUCCACGAGCCCGCAGAAUGCGGUAAGAAAGUGAAAAAUACAUUGCUCUGGAUCAACGAAGAGGGGGAAAUCACGCAACGGUAUCAAAAACUCCAUCUGUUUGAUGUGGAGAUUAAAGAUGGUCCGAUACUCAAAGAGUCGAAUUCUGUGGAAAAGGGCAUAAGGAUUGAAAAUCCGUUCGAGACGGGGCUGGGGAAAGUCGGACUGUUGAUUUGCUUCGAUUUGCGGUUUCCAGAACCCUCACUUGCGCUGCGACACCGCGGUGCACAGAUUCUAACUUACCCUUCUGCGUUUACGGUUCCGACGGGGAAAGCACAUUGGGAGACGCUGCUGAGAGCGAGGGCGAUUGAAACACAGAGUUAUGUUAUUGCGGCUGCACAGUGUGGGCCGCAUAAUGAGGAGAAGACGCGCAGGAGUUAUGGGCAUGGGAUGAUUGUUGAUCCGUGGGGGAAGGUGGUUGCGGAGUUGGGCGGUGAGGAAGAUGAAAAAGGGAGGGGAUUGGAUGUGGGGAAGAUUGCGGUUGCAGAGGUUGAUUUAGGGUUAGUGGAGAAGGUGAGAAGGGAGGUUCCGCUUUUGAGGAGGACGGAUGUUUAUCCCGGGAUUUUAUAA